AAAGUAGCCAUUACCGACACUCUGACUCACUCAAAUGAUGUUUUAUUCUCCUUCCAUGCUCUCUCUCUCUCUCUCUAAUCCAACGGCCAAUAUCUUUUUCCCACACCAAAUCUGCAUCUACACCCUCCAUUCAGAUCCAUAUACGCCCCAUCCCUUUGCAACACAAAAAAUAUCAUCAUCCCCAUUCCUCUCAGAUCUAAACACAAAAUACAGACGCGCUCUUGCUGGCUCUUUGUCUCUCUACAGAAACACAGAGAGAGGAGUUUUUUUUUUUUUCCUAUUACCGAUUUUGCCCCUUUUUCCGGAGAUGGUGGAGGCACAGACAUGGACGACGAGGAGAAUGAGCAACCCCAGGCUGGAUGCCAACUCCACCACCGUGGCUACCACCACUGACCAAGUUCUUGAUAUUCCAGCGACCCCACCUGGUGAUGUGCGGAAUAAUGCUUACUCUACCGCCGGAUCGUAUUUCUCUCCCAACAUUUUAACGGCCAUGAUCAUUGCUUCAUGGUACUUCUCCAACAUUGCUGUUCUGCUCCUCAACAAGUACCUACUCAGCUUCUAUGGCUACCGCUAUCCAAUAUUCCUAACAAUGCUGCACAUGAUUUCUUGCACUUGUUAUAGCUAUGUGGCUAUAAAGUUUCUUGAAAUUGUGCCGUUGCAGCAUAUUUUAUCCAGGAGGCAGUCCUUAAAGAUCUUUGCUUUAAGCGCAAUCUUCUGUUUUUCUGUGGUUUGUGGUAAUACUUCUUUGAGGUACUUGCCGGUGUCGUUUAACCAAGCUAUUGGAGCAACUACGCCAUUUUUCACUGCCAUUUUUUCAUUCAUAAUAACUUGCAAGAAGGAAUCUGCCGAGGUUUAUUUUGCGCUUAUGCCUGUGGUUUUUGGGAUUGUGUUGGCUAGUAAUAGUGAGCCUCUGUUUCAUUUAUUUGGCUUCUUGGUUUGUGUUGGUUCUACUGCUGGGCGUGCUUUGAAGUCUGUGGUUCAAGGGAUUUUAUUAACUUCAGAAGCUGAGAAGCUUCACUCUAUGAAUUUGUUGCUCUAUAUGGCACCAAUGGCUGCUUUGAUUUUAUUACCAUUUACCCUUUACAUAGAGGGGAAUGUGGCAGCAAUUACAAUGGAGAAAGCGAGAGGGGAUCCGUUUAUCGUGUUCUUAUUGAUUGGGAAUGCAACAGUGGCUUAUUUGGUGAACUUGACAAAUUUUUUGGUGACCAAGCACACGAGUGCCCUGACUCUGCAAGUGCUAGGCAAUGCCAAGGCUGCGGUGGCUGCUGUUGUUUCGGUCUUGAUCUUUAGGAAUCCGGUGACUGUGAUGGGAAUGGCAGGAUUCGCAGUUACGAUCAUGGGCGUGGUGCUUUACAGCGAGGCAAAGAAGAGAUCCAAGGUUACAACCCAUUGAAAGAUAAAAAAGCUAAAAGAUUCAUUUUGAUUGCCACAAGCAGCACUGGUAUUCUGUUCUUUUUUUCUUUCUCGGCACUUGCUUGCUGCCCUCAGCUAAAGUAGCAGCAACCAUUUUGGCUGCUUUACUUGAUCCAAUUUUUGGGUCACAAUUCCAGGAUAUAAACUUCUUUAAUCCAAAAAGGAGGAGAAGAGAUGAACUUAUGGUGUCCUUGGUUGAAUCGCAUGAGGAAGCUGAAUUUCAUAUGACUCUGCAUCUCUGUGAGGUAAUUCAUGAUUAUCAGGAAUGGUGUUAAUUAUUGAAUGAAAUAAAUCAAUUUCUUGCAUUUAUUUGUGACCCGGACUGCCGCUGUCCUUGGCAUUUUGGAUUUAUCCAGAAUUUUCAUACACAUGAGACAGAUGCUCAAUGUUGAUAGGUUGAAGCUAGACAUCCCAUUCAGGCUUGCUGGCAAAUUACUGGAUAAGCAAGCUGGUCACUAAUGAUCCAUUUGGUCGCUUUUAGAGAAAAAGAACAUAGCUUUCAAUUAUUUGCAUUACUGUUCAUAAUCGCAUGUUUGUAAGAUUCUGAAUUCCUUGUGUGAGAAACUGAGAGACUGACUUUAUUUUGAGUAUGUAAUUGUGUCCAGGCUUUUCUUGAAAAAUUUUACAAUUACACUGCUGGUAUAAAAGCUUGUGUUGUAAUUCUUGUCUGUGACUCUGUCAAUAUUCUUUUGAUUUGAUGCACCAUGGAACAUGAGAAGUUAAGAUGGCAUGUUACAUCAAACUCUGAAUUGUAAUUAAUUUUUAGAUUUAGCUUGUUCCUGUUUGAUCUA